AGACGCCGCACUUCGCCUGGGUAGCGGAUCCAGCGGGCUCGGAGCUUCGGUGACCCGCUCGGUUCCAUGGCGUCUCAGGGUCGUCGUCGGAGGCCGCCGCGGAGGCCAGAGACUAUGGUGCCGGGGGAGGCGGCCGAGACGGAUUCGGAGCUCUCUGCGUCCUCGUCGGAGGAGGAGGAGCUGUACCUGGGGCCUUCGGGCCCGACGCGCGGCCGCCCCACAGGGUUGCGGGUGGCUGGGGAGGCCGCAGAAACCGACUCGGACCCCGACCCGGAGCCGACUGCGGCGCCGAGGGACCUGCCUCCGCUCGUGGUGCAGCGGGAGUCGGCGGGGGAGGCCUGGGCCGCGGAGGAGACCCCGGCACCCGCCCCUGCGCGCUCGCUGCUGCAGCUCCGGCUGGCUGAGAGCCAGGCAAGGCUGGACCACGACGUGGCGGCUGCGGUGAGCGGCGUGUACCGCCGUGCGGGCCGCGAUGUGGCUGCCCUGGCUAGUAGGCUGGCUGCCGCCCAGGCCGCGGGGUUGGCGGCGGCUCAUAGUGUGCGCCUGGCUCGAGGGGACCUCUGCGCGCUGGCCGAGCGCCUAGACAUCGUGGCUGGCUGCCGCCUGCUGCCGGACAUCCGCGGCGUGCCUGGGACGGAGCCUGAGCAAGACCCGGGGCCGCGGGCCUAGCGAUGACUCUACUCCCCCACUUGACUCUGCCACUUGGGAGUAGGUCUUGCCCCCCUUGGGACCUGGCUCUGUCACCCCAGUCUUUAUCUUGCUGUCUUCCGUGGAGCUAACCCCACGGCCCUGGAUAAUACUGUGUGUUGGGUAUAGUUCGUCCUCUGCCGUGGAGACCAGCUCUCCACUACCCUCAGAUGUGGUUCCCCUAGGGGGUCCUGACCCUGGACAUGGCACUGGGGCCUGCCUCUGACCCCUGAUUCUGAGUCUGCUCCUGAGGCGCGGCUCCAGCCCCUGGCAAGUAGUUGCUCCUCCGUCUGCGUCCGCCCUGGACUCACGGGCACCUUUCCUCGCGCUCUGCUUUUCCGAGUUUGGUUUUUGCUCACACUGCUUGUCCUGGUUUUUCCCACGGGACCCGCAGGAUCUGGCACGGAUUCCCUGCCAUCUUCCUGCACUCACUUGCAUACGCCUCUGGUCCUAGCUGCAUUUCCAGAAUUUUCUCCUCUAGGCAGAGUCCUUUUUCGGAUCCCCUGGUUCUGUCUCCUGGUUCUAGUUCUUCUUCUGCUUCUGCUAACUCCUCCUCCUCAGGCUUAGCUCCCUGCCCUCAGCCUGGUCCUGUUUCCUGAGUUCAGCUGUACCCUUAGGGUAGGUUUUGCUCCUUUUCCCUUUCCCAUCCUGCUCAUACUACCUGCCUGAUUGCGGGCUCCGUGACUCCCUGUGGUUUCCUUCCUCAGGCCCAAAGGAUGCCCCCUCCUGACCCAAGGGGGUCCUCCAGACCCUCCAGGCCAAGAAGGUGCUCCCUCUCAAUUUUCUAGGCCAAGGUGGCACGCCUCCUGACUCCCCAGACGUAAAGUGACACCCUUCAAGGCACUUAGGGCCCAAUUCAGCCCCACCCUGGUGCUCCAGCACAAGCUAACACCACUUAGCAGAUAAGAAGGACGUGCUCCGAUUUCACGGUCUUGGCUGCUGGAUGCUGAAAGAACUGGCGUUUCUGACUCGACUGAGGGGCUGAGGUUAGCAGCCUCUCUGCUCCUUCUCACCUGCUCCCUCCUGUGCUCCCAGUUGUAGUCCCUCAGCCGUGUCCUUAUUCACUGUCCUCUCCCAGCCUUGUACCAUGCCCCCCUUCUCCCAACCUGAAGCUGACCCCUGAGCCUGCAGGAUGGAGAAGUGGGGAG